CUUGACAACAUUGGCCCAAUGACAGAGCACACGCGAACUAGGCCAGCCAAUCAGAGGCGCCCGGCCAGGCUGCAUGUCAUUUCUGCCCCGCUUGCAACCUGCACCGUGUUUUGUUUGUCUGUCUGCGCAGCAGUAGUGAUGAAAUCUCGGGGUCUGCUGCUGCUGGCUUGCUACAAACGAAGGAAAUCUCUCAUGAAUUCCCGCUCAUGAGGACUCCGGUAACCGCAGAGGACGCACGGAGCAGGACCGAACGGGAGCACCGCCGGGGCUCUGGACGCUGCUGGAUGAGAGUCUGACUAGGCAUUUUCUCCCCGGUGACAGAGACAAUCUCGGCGGCGCAUCUUCCCACAUCCUCCUCCCCUCCUGUCUCCACUCCUCCGCUGCCCUCCAAGGCUGCAGCCCACCCACCAUGGCCCUGGUGACUCUGCAGCGCUCUCCCACCCCCAGUGCAGCAUCCUCGGCCAGCACGACCAACAGCAGUGCGGGGGAGGAUUUUGGAAGUGAUGAUGAGCGGAAAAACAAUCAGAGCCUCAGUGAGAGCUUCUUCAUGGUCAAAGGAGCCGCCCUCUUCCUCCAGCAGGGUGGCAGCGCACAAGGACCAGAGACCCCGACCCACCACACACAUGCAGGUGAUUUACCUCAACACCUGCAGGUCAUGUUUAAGAUCCUCCGGUCUGAGGAUCGCAUUAAGCUGGCUGUACGGUUGGAGAGCGGAUGGUCAGACCUGGUGCGCUACAUGGUCGUCAUCUACACCAACGGCCAUCAAGACACAGAGGAAAAUAUUCUCCUGGGGAUGGACUUCACGGACAAGGACAGUAAAAACUGCUCUAUUGGGAUGGUGCUGCCCCUGUGGAGUGAUACCAACAUACAUUUAGAUGGAGAUGGAGGCUUCAGCGUGAACACGGCAGGGCGGUCACAUGUCUUCAAGCCUGUAUCUGUUCAGGCCAUGUGGUCGGCCCUGCAGAUCCUCCACAAGGCCUGUGAGGUAUCCCGCCGGUUCAACUACUUCCAGGGGGGCAUUGCUCUCACGUGGAUGGCCUUCUAUGAGAGCUGCAUCACCUCGGAGCAGAGCUGCAUCAACGAGUGGAACGCUAUGACCGACCUGGAGACCACCCGGCCGGACUCGCCCACCAUGUUCGUCGACCGGCCGACUGAGCGCGAGAGAACAGAGUGUCUCAUCAGAGCCAAGCUACGCAACAUCAUGACGUAUCAAGACCUGGAGAACAUCACCUCCAAGGAAAUCCGUAACGAGCUGGAGCAGCACAUGAGCUGCAACCUCAAAGAGUACAAAGAGUUCAUCGACAACGAGAUGCUUCUGAUCCUGGGUCAGAUGGACAAGCCCACGCUCAUCUUUGACCAUGUGUACUUGGGCUCUGAGUGGAAUGCUUCUAACCUGGAAGAACUACAUGAAUGCGGUGUGGGUUACAUCCUGAAUGUGACCAGAGAGAUUGACAACUUCUUCCCGGGGAUGUUUUCUUAUCACAACGUCCGCGUUUACGAUGAGGAUGCCACCGACCUGCUGGCACACUGGAACGACACGUACCACUUUAUGGUCAAAGCCAAGAAGAACAACUCAAAGUGCCUGGUGCACUGUAAGAUGGGGGUGAGCCGGUCUGCCUCUACGGUUAUUGCCUACGCAAUGAAGGAGUUUGGCUGGCCUCUGGAGAAAGCCUACAACUUUGUCAAGCAGAAACGGAGCAUAGCUCAGCCAAACGCGAGUUUCAUGAGGCAGCUAGCGGAGUACGAGGGAAUCCUGGAUGCAAGUAAACAGCGCCACAACAAGCUAUGGAGGCCUGAAUCCAAUGAGGGUUCGGAUGAUUUGCAAGCCUCCGGUGGGGGGGAGGGGACGCCAGUGCUCAGAGGGGAAGAAGCCUGGGGGGGCUGCGGGGCCUCUCCCUGCAGGGGGGGCACGGGUCUGGAGAUGGAGCCCCUCGACUCUCUGAACUAUAAUUAUUACUUCAGACGUUUGUCAGACUCUGCACUGGACAGCGAGCCCUCCACCCCGGUGCGGGGGCCCCCCCUGCUGGGCAUGGAGAGAGUUUUCAUUGAGAUCGAAGACGUGGAGAGGGAUGCUCUGUUGGAGGACGAGGGUUUCCCCAUGGCCCAUCUCGCCCUGCCUGGGGGGGGCACGGCGGCUCAGACGUGUGGCCGCCUCGACCCCCUGGAGGACAUGAGACACAGGCUCGAGAUCAGCACUUUGGAGGAAGAGGAUGAGGAAGAGGCCAAGAAAGAGGAAGCUGAGAUGGCGGCCUUGGCUCAAACACCUGGAGGUUCAGACGGGAAGAGGCCAGGGGACGAUGAUUCGACAGAGGAAGGACGGUUAGGACUCGCCAACCUGAACACCAACAACAGCAACCGCCUAGCCGCCAAGCGCAGCUGCCCUGCUGCUUUUGACGACAGUGCUAGUGCUGGAAACCCUUUAAAAGUGAAGCCCUCCUAUCAAUCCUGUAAAGACUGCCUGCGUCUACCACAAGGGCGGCGCUGCGACCGUCCAGCAGGGGGCCGUUCCCACCGCCUUAACCCCUCCCGCCACUGCACUGUCCCCACCAUAUGCAUAGAUCCGCCCGGGACCCAUUUUGGCUCUUCUUCAAUUCUGCACUCUCUGCAAGCCACUGCACCAAAAACAGUCCAGCCCUGUAGUCAUCGAUACCGCUGUGCCACCUGCACCCCCAGUAUGCCCCUCACCCACCGCCAGAAGCUGGUCUCACCCAUGCGUGUGGAGACGGAGGACAUGGACCAACCACAGGGGGGCGACCUGGGAGUGGAAAUGUCAAGGGUGGGUGCAGGGGCCAUCGGUGCUGCUGAAGGUUUGGAGUUACAGCCCGGCGGUGCAGUGGAGCUCCAGCAGCAGGCUCUGGCUCAGCUGCACAGGCCAGGACUGGGGAUUGAGUUUGGUCUGGAGCUGAUGCGACAGAGGGCCGAGCAGCUGGACCAGAUGCCCAGCCUGGCCAUGGAGGGCCAGCUCCCUGUUGGGCCCCUGCCUUAACACAGUGGCCCCGGACAUGGAUGAGAUUGAAGGAGGAGGCUUACCACGGCCUCCAGCUGGUACAUGAUGGCCUUUAAGAUGACUGGCACUGUGGUGUUGUACUAGAAGUGAAGCUCUGCUGUCAUGUCCUGGCCUCAUAGCUGCACAAUCACAACGGCCCUCUCUGCAUCUCCAGAGAGCAUCCUGUCAUUGUCUCUUGGCACUAAGAUCCAGGUGAGGCUUGUUGUUUUAAAAAUACGCUAAAGGCUUGAAUGCUUCUGGCCAGGUAAGGACUGAAGACUCUCCCGUGUCCUUCCACUUGUCCAAUAGACCGGAUUAAGGCCCAUCUGCCGACCCCACACCACACACAGGAUCAUCACACUUCCCCACAGCCCUGUGGAGACGAGCGUUAUGCUGCCAUUUUCCUCCCAAACAGACAUUUCUGGCAUAUUUCUCAGUCAGGAGACAGUGGUGGUUGUUCCUUUCUAACUGCUGAGAAAGCUAAAGCUAGCACUUCUGAUUUUGACGGAAAGAAAAAAAGCUGAAGUAAGAGGCUUCUGUCAGUGUACUGUGUGUUUUUCAAUCUGAUUCAUCAACAGUAUUCAUGAAGGAGCCCAAUGAAUGUUUGCAGUUGAGCCAGUUUGAUUGCAUUUAGAAUUUCCUUACCACUGAUAGCUGAAUCCUCACUAACCUUCACUUAUAUUUUCCAUGCUGCAGCUGCUUUUGCAUCACGAUUCAAGAAAGGGCAUUUCAUGUGGAAGCAUAAUCAUUUUUUAAAAGGAUGUGAGCCUUUUUAUGCCUCUUUGUAAAGCGUCGUACCUCGGACCACAAGCAUCUUGAACUGUUUUGGUCAAAGACUCUUUUGUUGUUUUCUGCUCAGCGGUUGGUUCACCCUGACCUCCUCCGUUAAAGUUAACGUACUUAGCGUUCUUACUUUUGCCCCACGCAUGACUCUGCAGUAUUACAAAACAUAUCCUCGACAUGCUUAUACAGAAAACAUUUUUAGGUGGACAUUUUGGAAAACUAAAAACAACUUUUGUCAGUAAAUUUGUCAUUAAAGUGACAACAAUCAUAUCUAAUCGCUAAUUGAAUUGAAUCUAACCCCUUGGAGAAUGACAGAACAUUUAAUUCAGCUAUCAGGAAACCUUAAGAAGCUUCAAAUGUGAUUUUAUUGUUCACUCUGAUUCUGUUUUUGAUUACUUCCCGAUUAUAACAAAAGCCAUAUCAUAGUGCCAGGUCCACUUAAUCACCUUUUCUGAUUUGAAGUCUUUUCUUACUUUCUUACCUAGUCUGCAUCUGGGUUAUUAAUCUGAGAGGCUCCCAGUUCAACUUUUAGUAACAUGUUGAAAAACCACAGGCUACCUUUCCUUAAACCCAAAAACAUUUGCAAAGGCACGCAAAUCAUGUACAAAUUCAGCACUUGAGCACAAUUUUAGUAUCCAUUCACACAGUUCACAUCUCUGAUCUACAGCUAUCAAAUGAAUUGAAGAACAGUAAAGCAGAAACAACUAUCAAGGUUUCAUUAUUUGCUUGCAGUGUCCAUCCUUGUGAGUGUAGUUUAUUUGAUCUAAUAAUAAUAUUAUAAUUCUGACUUUCAAAUUACUAGAUAAAUAUUUAUAUUUAAAGUUUGAAAAUUAUACUAUAUUUCCUUUAUUUAAAUUCAGAAAAAGUUAAGAAAAUUGCAAAGCCCAGUUUUUCCUCAGAAGUCAAUUCCUCAUCUGUACUUUUGUUAAUUUUCUAUAUGUUAAGACGGCUUGAGGCAUGUUUUUUUUUCAAAUUGUGCCACCAAUCCAAAGUUGCUGUGCCACAAGGUUUUGCUCUACAAUCUCCUCUGUUUGGUUGAUGUUGUGUUCUUGCUGUUUUUGGCACGCUGGGUGUGCUAGAAUAGUACUGAAUGAUGCGGGUUUGAACGCAGGAAAAGCACAUUUGAGUGUUAUCACUGUGUUUGAAGAACUGAGUGCUUCAGAAGAAAUGAAAACUGUGCAAGGAAUGAAUGCAAAUUAUUUAUUCAUCUUUAACCAUGGGGUUAUUGGAAUUGUUUUUGUACAUUUAGCUCUUUAGUUAGAUCAGUAGAAAUGUCAAUGCAUCCUCUGUUCCCUUUCCUCUCCUGAAAACCAGGGAGCUGCAGGUUUGCUCCGCUAGUUGGAUUAACAUCAUUUGGUUUUGCCUGUUCUUUCCCUCACGUGAGCAUGAUUCAACCUUGGGCACUUACAAAGUUGUUGACAGCAUCUGAUACCACACACAUUUGAAACCAUGUCAAAAAUGCUACAUAAGUUGUUAAAAGAAGAAGCGAAAAUAUCAACAAAAUGACAACCUAGAGACAUUAGUGUGGUAUCAAUCUGGUCAUCUGACUCCCAGCAAAUAAGCGUAUUUCCCAAAAUGUUGAACUCUUCCUUUGAUUCCAAUAGUUGUUCUCAGUAUGUUGACAGGUGGGCCUCUGCUUGGCAUCCACGUGAUGCUUCUGGCACUAAAUCCUUUUCCACAGCACUAAGUUUGGUUGUUUGCUUCAUGUUUUGAACUUGUGUUUGUAUUUAAGUGCCUUAACCUCGGCCUUAGCUCUGUCAUAAAGCAUCACAGGCAUUGCGAAAGUUUCUGUGAGUGUGUUGAUGGUCUUGCUUUUUGUCCAUUACUUAACCUCACUCCAAAUAAUAAACCCUGCUCCCUGCAAUGUAUAACUCGGCACAAAAUAAUAAUGUAUGCAAAAGCUCAUGCACAGCGGCCUCCUCCACCCCCAGUACACGCAUACUUGAUGGACUUCCAUUUAUUAAUAGCCUAUAAUAAUAUUGUAUUUGUUUAUUGUUAAAACGUGCGGUACACUGUAUUGGUUCAAUAGCUGGCUGAAGAACCUUACUUGCUGGAAUGAGAACUAUCAUUUACAUUAAAACAUUAGAUAGGAUGGAUUUCAGCCUCUGAAAUGUUGUCUGUAUAUAUUUUUCUCUACAAUUUGCUAUUGAAUACAUUAGCUUGCAGAUGUGGUCAAUAUAAAGAAAAGCACUGAUAAUGCUACUGUGUAUUGAGAAGUACUCAUUAAGUUAUUGUUUGUACCACAGCAAAAGAAAAAAAAACUUUGGGCGAUCUCUAAUUUAGGCGAAUGUCUUUAAGCUCUAUUAAAAAUGGCAACUAUUUAAUUAUUUUAUUGCAUUAUUCCCAGGCAGCAGGCAUCAAACUGACAAUCCUACUUAAGAGCCAGACAUUAAGGACAUUGUGUGGAAGGAUAUUAAGACAUAGUGUCAUUUGAAAAGGGGGAUCCAGGCAUUUAUAGAGUGUAUUUAUAGAGCACAAGUCUGCCCCAAAGCAUGUGAGGUUGAAGUGGAAAAUGUGGAACAUGAAAAACCUACCUGGGAGUAAGAUUUUGUUACGUUUAUUGUUUUUUUGUUAACUUCUGUGUACUGUACUGUACAUUGCCAAUGUUCAUGUGUAAUGCACUUUUUUUUACAUUUUGUUAAAAUGAUGUCCAGUCUAAUGUUUAUCAUGGAAAUAAACCAUUUCCUCUG